CUGAACCAAGGGGCGUGGGCAUUUCCAGAAUUUAGCAAUAGGCUGCUCACACAUUACACACACUCACACACACCGCUACCGCUCCACUCUUUACCGCGACGCUCGGCCUGACGAGACCGACGGACAAAAUGACCAGACCCAUGGACAAAAUGGACCGUACCACUUUCCUGUACAACGUGCCGCCCAGCCUCAUCGAGCACUUGUGCAAAAUCAUCGACAGCGGGGACGACCAGUUCGGCUGGCGCGGAUUAGCCGCGCGCAUCGUGCCGAGCUGGCUCGAGGUGCGGCGCGCGGAGCGGCUCGAGGCGGCGGGCAGGAGCCCCGCGCGGGAGCUGCUGUGGACGUGGGCUCAGCAGAACCCGACCGUGGCGGACCUCGUCCGGGUGCUGGAGGACAUGGGACACCACUGGGCGCUGCAGCUUUUUGUCCAGCCAGGUGAAUCACUAUACUACGAUCAGUGUAGAAGGCCGACGGACGAUCUACCGGUGUCACGUGGGCACUUUUCACCGCCUGUAAAAUGCGAGGAAUCCGAUCAACUGGACGAGAGCUUUCUCCAUCAAGUUGGCCUGCUACGUUUCUCUCCAAGCUCCACCGGCUCGGAACCCGAGGGGGCCGAGGGACGCGCUCUCACCUACGACGACGUCGUCGGUGGAACCAAACACUUCCACCACGACUUGAAGAUCGCAGCGGGCAGUCUUUCAGACACAUACAAAGGCACGUUGGGAGCUGAAACGUUUGUUGUCAAGCGGUUUAAAACGGGGAAUGAUCCGUCGUGGAAAGAACGAUGGGAUUCAUUUACCGGAGACACAGAAGUGCAUCACUUGUUUCAGCAUCCAAACAUCUUAAAUCUGUUGGGCUGUUUCUUGGAGGACGGAAACCACUGUGUGGUCUACCCCUAUCUCCCCAACGGAUCUCUGCAUCAAAGACUACACGACCUGCAGCCGGCCCAACCCCUGUCCUGGCAGCAGCGUCUCUCCGUCAUCAAAGGGGCCGCCAAGGGGCUCCACCACCUGCACACGGCGCCGCUUCAACCCCUCAUCUGUGGCAACAUCACCAGCGCCCAUGUCCUGCUGGACCACGCCCUGCGGCCCCAGCUCUCCAACGUGGGCCUAUCCCGUCUGCGCCCGCCGCCCUCCCGCCAGACCACCGCCCUCAGCACCCAGAGUAUCCACGGCAACCUGGGUUACCUGCCCCCGGAGUUCAUCCGCCACGACGGGAAGCCGUCCUGCAGCCUGGACGUGUACAGCUUCGGCAUGGUCAUGAUGGAGACAAUCACAGGCCGCAAGGUGGUGGAGGAAACACCGAAACGAUCACUCCUGAGGGACCUGCUGAGCUUGGAGCGGGAUGACAGCGGCGGCAGCGUGGACUCAUGCGUGCGCUUCCUGGACGGGGAGGCGGGGUCCUGGCCGUACCCAACCGCCCGCAGCCUGCUGCGCCUCGCUCUGGACUGCACCGCCGGGCGCCCCCGGAACCGGCCCUGCAUGGACACCGUGCUUCGGGAGUUGAGCCAGCUGCUGCCGGUGCCCAGCCUGCUGUCCUCGGCCCCCCCGCCGUUCAGCGCCGACGGCGGACGAGACCCCCACUACAGGGAGCCGGGUCUCCCCUUGACCUCCCACCCCCCCUCGACCCCACCCCCGCCGCCGCCACCUCCGUCGCCGCCGCCGCCGCCGCUCCAGUCCCACCCUCCGUCCGAAGACGGGUACGACGACGGCAGCUACGUGGCCUCCGGCCUCGGCCCGGACUCGGCCAAGCCGCUGCCCCGCGAGUUCAGCCAAUCGGAGCUGAUCUUCUGGAGCAGCUGUGAGGACACCCCGGGGCGCCACGAGACGGGCGGCGACCUGAUGGCUCCGGCGCCGGGCCGGCUGACGGAGGCCAGGGUCGGGGCGGUGGAGGUGGAGGGGGGGGCGGCGGCGGCGGCGGCGGUGGAUUUGUACAACAGCUGGCCCGUUCAGUGCAGCUGCCAGGCGGACUCUGGGGAGCUGGGCUGCGAGGACUGCAGGGCAAACGGGUUCACGCUGGAGCACUCGGACACGCCGCCAUUUUCGGAAGCGGCGUGCUACAGCUCGUGGAACGUCGUGGAGAACCCGGCCAAACAGACGCUCAGGGCCAAACUGGCACUGUACAACGAGGGCGUGCUGAACACGGAGGAACUGGUGUCUCUCUGAGGGCUCGGGGGGGGCCACCCUAUGUCCCUCACUUCCUGUUUCUCGGUACCUGACUUUCAAUGGCGUGUAAAAUGUUACACCACCAGACAGUGACGCAACGUUCCAAAUGUUAAACUAAGUGUACGAUUUGGAUUUUUGUAUUUGAUGGGUCUAGUCUGGUUUUGCACACAAGUGUGUACACACACACACACACACACACACACACACACACACACACACACACACACACACACACACACACACACACACACACACACACACACACACACACACACACACACACACACACACACACAUUAUGUUGCAUUAAUUCAUCUAACGUAAUGAAUUCAUCUACAAAUGUUACUCAACUUACACUGCCUUAUUUCGUUACUUAGUUAUUCUUAAAAAGGUGUUUUAGGUAUGCUUUAAGACCUAUUAUUGGAGGAUAUUAUGGUAGUAACGAUCCUGUCAGCUAUUAGUGAGGGAAAUGUGCCGGGAUGCUCUCAAUUUCAGUCACAGGUCACAAAUGACUGCAGAUAAUCUUUUACUAGUUCUCAUUCUGGAACAGUGUUUUUUUAUGUUUUAUUGUUCGUUAGUAAUUUAAAUACGUUUAUAAUAAAUAUUUGUACCUGCUUUACACAUGUGUGUAGCCUCCCAUGUGACCAGUAAUAAGUAAGGAAGUAACAUUAAUUCUUCCCGUAAACUAAGAUAAGGACCAAAAAGCACUAGGAGACGUGAACACGCGUAGCGUACGUUUACGUUCCAGAUCAAACAAUAAUUUUAAGUAUGUUUGCUUAUGUGUGUGUUCAUGACUAGACCUCAGGUUUUAUGGCGCUUGACCGAAGUGUGACGACGGGAGUGCGAUUGUAAACAGUUGGCACUAAUGCGGGGAUAAAAUAGUGCACAUGUAUACGCAUGUGGGAAAACUGGACGAUUAUUUAAUCAUUUUGUUUCGUAAUGGUGAGCGUCGUGAUUGUUGUAGCUGAUGAUUGUUUGUUUCGAAGAUAGGCCCGUCAUUCAUGCAGGGGCCUGUACACCCUAUUUUUAAAGCUGGUUCCUUUCAUUCUCAGCUCAGUAAAACCCCAAACUUUGCAUUGAAACAUUUUAUUAUUAUUAUUAUUAUUAUGCCUGCACAAUCUUGCCAAAAUAUUGGAUUACAAUAUCAAACGUAUUCAGAUUUUUUUUUCUUUUUUUAAAUCAUUUUCGAUACAUAUAAAAUAACUAUAAAACAUCACUCUAUGAUAUCGUAUCACUGUUUUGUUUUUUUUCCAGCGUUCACACAUUGAAUCGAUUGUCGUGUCCCAAUCCUGUUCGGUUACAAAAAAAAGAAACUAAACAAAGAACACAUCUCACCUUGCUAGUUCACACUGAUGGAACAAACGGUCAGAAGAUUGACUGCACUUUAGUUCAACUGGACAUUCUGUCAAAGAAAACGAUAGGCUCUGAAUAAAUAAAAUAACAAAGGGUCACAAGAGCACGUAUGCAAAAGCAUGUAUGUUUCAUGUGUAGUUUUAACCCAACUCGUCCCCCGGUCACACAUUGUGGGAUUAUUUGAAUAACUAGCAUGUAGACAAAGAAAGUAGUAAGUAAAAAUGUCAAUCUGAACCGAGUUCUCCAACUUACCCAAUAGGCCUUUGUCUCAAAGUCGUCACAGUCAGGGUGAACACAGGUGUAUCUCAUGAUGUUAAUUAUGGCCGCAGUCAUACCUACACACCACUAAUUACCUAAAUGAGCUACACCUGUUUUCAGUCCUAACUGUGAAUCCUCUGAGUUUAUUGCUGAUGAAGGAAUUUAACUUGGGCACCAGGGCGUUCGAUCAAUGAGCUUUGUAUUGCCGGAGUCUAGGUUUCCGUAGAAAGAGUUUAGUAUCCGUUUCCAAAGAAACAAAAACAACGUUGUUUACACCGCGUUACAGCUUCACACCCCCUCCUGACCUUCCUAGCUCAGACACAAUUAGAGUUUUAACUUCUGCUAUUCUGGCCAGGGUUAACCAAAAUAAAAGGGAAAUGAAAUCAGAGAAAUGAAUGAACGGCUUGAACGGCUUCCCCGGUUCUGCUUGUCGAGGUGCAGAAGGGAAGUAAAAAAAAACGACUCAAAUACACAAAACGUGUCGCUCCCUUGGGUUUGUCCUAGGGCACGGUGACGUGGAAGGGGCUGCCCGGCACGUUGUCGUCGCCCCACUUGACGAUGAGGAUGUAGUCGCCCUGCUCCUUCACGGUGUACGUCACGUUGUACAUCCUGUUGCCCAUGUGCUUCACGUACACCUCCUCGCACGGCGUCUUGGGCCCGUGCACGCCCACCAUCAGCAUGUUGGUACCUGAGAGAGGGGACGGACGACACCCAGAGACGGUUCACUGUGUGUGUAUGUGUGUGUGUGUGUGUGUGUGUGUGUGUGUGUGUGUGUGUGCGUGUGCUGGCUGCGAAUCUGUGGCAGUGUUUGUGGUUGAGGUCUGGCUAAAGCACCUGGCCCGAGUCAGACUGGUUGGGCUCUGGGGCAGGCUGAGGUUAAACCAGCCCCACCACACACACCAGAAUAAGUAGCAUUAACUACAAACUUCUAGAACAAACCGGCUUCAAAGAGGCCCCACAUUUGGCGCCGGUGUAGCAAGCUCUGUUGGUUUACUGUGGAUGUUCCUAGUUAAUGACACUUAGGCCCAAUCCCAUUUCUACCCCUUACCCCUUACCCUUACCCCUUCAAAACAAGGGGGAGGGGUAAGGGGUAGAAAUGGGAUUGGGCCUUAGCCUGCUGCCUCAUGCUGCCAGCUAGGAGAACUCUCCCUGAGUGUGUCUGUGUAGACAGCUGGUUUAACAGAGUACACAGUGUUUACUCAGUUCCCCCACAGCCCAAUCAGACCGCCAGGUGAGGCUGCUCAAACCAGCUUGAACCAUCUUUUUCAUUUGCAUUUAGGGCAUUUAGCAGACGCUUUUAUCCAAAGUGACUUACAAUCAGUACAUUUGUCAUAAGAAGUGCAUCAAUAUAUCGCUGUCGAUACAGAAGGGAUGUUCAUAGAACCAAGUACAACAAUCGCUAGACUAACCAAUUCCCUGUGUUACAGCAAUGAUAGCAGCUACUGCAGUUGCUACACAGUUAAGUUCUACAAUACAAUACAAUACAACACAAUACAAUACAGUGUACAAUGGUGGCCAGAAGGGGGAGGGUGGCUUUGCAGUGUCGAGGUGGACUCUGAACAGGUGAGUCUUUUUCGGAAGAUAGCGAGCGGAAGAAAUCUUAAGUCAUCCACACAUCCACACGCACAGAACCUGUUUUAUCUACUGUAUCGCACACUUUAAAGAGGCCUGUGAGCAUAAGAUAAACACUACCAAACGGCAUUUCAAGGGUGUUUUCAUUCCCCUUUGUCCUUCCAUCCGUGUACCGCUCUGUCCAAUACAGUGUCCUGAGAAUGGCUUUUCAGACUGUAAAUGGGAUUAAAGCGAUUUGCAAAUGGACUGGACUUAAACCAGUUCUCCAUUCAGGCAAGCUGGGGCAAGAAGCAUAAAGAAUGGAGAAGAACCUUUGAGGAAUGACGUUUCAAAGCUCGGUUGGAUCAUAGAGAGAGGGGAAACCUGUUCUGAUAUCGCUCUGGAAGGCCCGAUCACGUUGGCAUGGUGGCAACGCAACUAAAAUAUAAUUUGAGGAAGUGAAAUUGAUUUCAAUAGCAGAUGUGCAUUCCCACGAAAGAAUUACAGAUAAUCGUUCACUAUGACUCACUUUGAAACUGUGUUUUAAUGUUGACUAUCGUUCUGUUUUUCAUUCGAAUUUGUUGGUACAACUAAUAAUAGUUGUACAUGCUUCGCAUUACCUAACCAUU